AUGUCCUCCGUCCAGAGCGACGACGACUACGAUGUCAUAUCGAAUCCUGGCAGCCGUUCCCUUGAUUCCAGCAUCGCUGAUCUCUCACAAGGCCAGUUGCUCUCCGAACCAGAGCCCCUUCAGUCAGCUCUCGACAAAUUCGACACGGUCAGCUUGACCCCAGAGGACAUCCAAGCCUAUGUGCAGCGUGCUCUGGACACCUCUCCAAACACUGGUACAAUAAAGGCCAGAAACAUCGGCACUUACCUCCAGAAUCGCACUGUGAGAGUAUACGUUGAUGGGACAUUCGACUGGCUCGGUACCAGACAAGUGCACCAAUUACGCCAGGCGAAGCUGUCAUUCUCUUCUGUGUUUCUGGUGGUGGGAGUAUUUUCGGACGAACUAUGCCAAACCCACCACACGGCCGUAGCGAUGCCCCAUGUAGAGCGGUGCGAGAUACUCAGGCAUUGCAGAUGGGUAGACCAAGUGCUCCCAGAUGCACCAUGGCAGCUUGACGCCAAGUAUCUACAUCGCCAUCGCAUAGACUAUGUUGGUCUGGAAGAAGGCACAUCGGUGGACCCUUUGUGUGAUAACGUUAGAUUGAAAGGAUACGAUGAAAUGAAGCGACUAGGGAAAGUCAUUCCACUUCGUAGAACGACUGGAGCGAUGCACACGGGACCUCCCACCCCACUGCCGAUCACCAUACCUCUCCCCCUUCCUAUCGCACCGAAUGCUACCGUAGUCCCGUCUCAAACCGAAGCCGCCAAAGACAUCAAGCCCUUCGACGACCCCAUCGUAGAACCUCCCGUUGAAGACGAGGAGGGCGAGCGAGCUGCACAAAAUGACCUCCUAGAGCCUCCGAGCGAGUACUCCCAGCCAUUGGCGAUUUAG